CUGAAAUAACAACAACUGACAGGAGCCUACAGUAAGUCGUUAGACCUGAGUGAAGAAGCCCUCAUUAUGGCGUCUAAACGCCUCUUUUCUGACGAGGAUUUUAUGUGCCCUGUGUGCUGUGAUAUCUUUAAGGAGCCCGUGCUCCUCUCGUGCGGUCACAGCGCGUGCAGCAGCUGCGUUCACCGGUACUGGGACAUCAAGGGCUACAAAGAGUGUCCGCUUUGCAGGAAACGAUCCGUAACAGACCCUCCCGUCAACCUGGCCUUAAAAAACCUGAGUAAGACCUUCCUAAAGAUCCGAGGAGAUCCAGAGACGCUCUGUGACAUUCACGGACAGAAGCUGAAGUUGUUCUGUGUGACUGACGGACAUGCGGUGUGUGUGCAAUGUAGCGAUUCGAUUAAACACACGCAGCACUCUUUUAUCCCUGUUGAUGAAGCAGCUUCUCAAUUGAAGGAUAUUCUUACCAGUGCAGUGAAUACCUUAAAAAUAAAAAGAAAGAGCCUUCAAGAUGCCCAGUUUCAUUGUCAUAAAAAUGUAGACCACAUAAAGCAACAGGCAGAGUACAUAAGGAAUCAGAUAAAGGAGGAGUUUAAAAAACUUCGGCAGUUUCUACAAAAGGAGAAUCAAGCCAUGAUUACUCAGCUAAAGAAGGAGGAGCAGGAGAAAACAAAGAGUCUGGAAAGCAAAAUAAACAAGAUGAAUCAAGAGAUACAAUCACUGUCAGACACUAUUGUAAAGAUACACAAAGAAUUUGAAUUUGAAGACAUCAAGUUCCUGAAGAACUUUGACAGGAAUUUAGCAAAAGCCGACUGCAAAGAUUUUGAUCCAAAUGUGGCUUCAAGCGAAGUUAUUGAUGUUGCAAUGUAUGUGGGAAACCUGCAGUUUAGACUCUGGAACAAAAUGCAGAGCAUCAUUAAAUACAGUCCUGUUAUCCUAAAUCCAAACACAGCUCACUCACAACUCAUCCUGUCCCCGGAUCUGACCAGCAUGAGAGACACUGAUGAAGACCAUGAAGAAAAGGCUGACAUAUACAGACCGCCAGUUUUGGACACUCCUGGACAGUUUAGGAGUUUAUGUGUUCUGGGAUCUGAAGGUUUCUCUUCAGGGCUACACUGUUGGAAUGUUGAGGUGGGAAACAGCACCUUCUGGAUGCUUGGUGUGACCACUGAGACCGUGCAGAGAAAAAAACCCAGUGUUUUUCCCAGCGGUGCUUGGAGUAUUGGGUACAACGAUCAAAAGCUUUGUGCCCGAUCCCCUUCAGGAGAACAUACUGCUCUGACUUUGGCUCCCAAACCCCAGGUGGUCAAAAUUCGCCUGGACAUGGAUUUGGGGGAAGUGUGGUUCAUAGAUACUGCCAGUAACACUGUCAUGCACAUGUUCUCGCACCAGUUCACUGAGAAGGUUUUUCCAUUUUUCCACAGCACGUGCAGUUUGUAUCCUCUGAAGAUAAUACCUCUCCAGCCUCUUGUGGUGCUGAGUGAUGUGGUAAAUAACAGAGGACAGUUUGAAAUUUUGCGUGAUGCUGAAGGAAAAAUUAUAAUGUAGGUAAGACAAUGUCUGUGUAGGAUGUGGUGAAAAUGAAGUCACUGCGGUUUCGUUUUGCUGUUUGUAUCUGUCAUGGCUAAAGGUAAAAGUGACGGAGCUGCAUGCCAUGCUAAGUGAAAUUUACCUGUAGACAUAAUGCUGUUAUACUUUAAAAUGUUUUGUUUACAUCAUUUCAUCUAACACUUCUACUUUAAACAGUUAUUUAUGUCAUAUAAGAUAUGUAAUUUAUUUCUGUGUCAUGCCAUAUUUUGCCAUAUUUUUACAUUCUGAUGGGACAUGGGAGUGUACUGUAUGGCAGGAUUUUUUUAAAAAUCAAAAUGAUUACUGCAAAAUCAAUUAGGAGUAUAAAGUCCUACAAAUCCAAAACUAAUAUACUGAUAAAAUGCACCAUAACUUGUACACAUAUACCCUGGCUAUAACGUUAUCAUAUUGUAUGGGCUACCUGAGGACUUUGAGAACUAGUCCACUAUUACCUAGCAUGUAAUUCAAUUUAUUUAUUUAAUUUAUUUAUUUCUGAUUAAGAAGGUGUACAGUCAUAAACAAUAACAGAAUCGAUUAAAAUGACAAGAUUGUGGAGGGAGCAGACACAUCAUAAACGCAGAAGCAUAAAUCAGCCUUAAGGGCAACCUUGCUGCUAUAGGGUGAAUAGUGGUAAAGUGGGACAAUGGGUAAAGUGGGACAGUUAAGCUUAAUAAUUUAUAUCUUUGCAUGGAUAUGUUUUUAUUACUAAAAAUCAAAAUGAGUUCAUCAUUAGCAAGUAUGUGAUAAAA